CCCAACUGUGCCCCUUCGAACUUCUAUCUCUUUUCCUUUGCAACUAUCACAACAAGAUCUUCCCAAGCACCUACUUUCUCUCUUACAACUUAUGUCGCAGUCAAUCAUGUAUCAUCCUGAUUCUCUCAAAGACAGAAGGCUCGCGAGAGCUGAGGGAAUCAUCUCUUAUUAUUUCAGCAACCCAGUCGUACUUCGAGAAGCAUUACAGUUAGCAGACGCUUCUCACCAAAUCGGGAACAGGAAUCUCGCUUUACUUGGUAAUACUGUCAUCCAUUUGAUCCUUGUCCAGGAAGGCCUUCGUCGACGUGCGACCCGUGGCCAGAUCAACAAAAUCAUAUCGGAGAGAUCUUCCAACGCCUAUCUUGCGCAGCAAGGGUUCUCCAAUGACUUGGCAGAAUGUGUCUUUGCCAAUCAAUCCCAGGGGAGCACCAUCUACCCGCGCCCGAUGGCUUCUACCGUCGAGGCUAUCAUCGGGGCUGUCUUCAAUGACAGUACUGAGGAGUUGACGACUGUCAAAAGAGUCAUGGAGACUCUAGGUGUUUCUUGGCCGGAGUGAUCUCCGCAGAUGACGUCUUGUCCAGGCCCCUUUGAAAGAAGAAAAAGAAAGCAAGCUGCCAUUACCCGAGGGAGGACUUAGCAAACCAUACUUUCA